UUCAUAUAUACAUGGGAAAGGCAAGGGAGAUGUCAAACUUCUGCAGGUGGAACCCGAGAAGUGUCUGCUGCUUGGAAGCCUGCCGACUAGUGCUGACAACCAUGAAGCUGGAAGGCUUUCUCCUCCUCACUCUGAUGGUGUUCUCUGUGUACACAAAUGUUGCCCCUGAAGCAAUUAAUACACAGGAUUAUUGUCGAGGAUAUCUACAACAUUCAUGUGAAACAGAAAAAAUAGCCCACUGUGCAUCUGACGGCAGUGUGUAUGGCAACAGGUGUCAGUUCUGCGAUGCAUAUUUCAAAAGUGGUGGAAAGAUUACACUGAGGCAUCUUGGACGAUGCUAAGAAGCAAAGAGCCACAAGAAUGAGGGGUGUCUCCUAACGAAUAACCAUCUCACCUCACAGCUUGCUCGCAGCAGCAGCACAAAGGAAUCCCUUUCUCCCUCUGCUCUUCCUCCAAGAGCUAGUCUUAAUUUGAUUUCUCAAUAAAACUA